AUGGAUGACGUGCUGACAAGCGCAAGCACAAUAGAAGAAGCAAUGGUACUACGACAGCAGUUGUCUCAGCUGCUUCAGAAGGGUCGGUUUUAUCUAAGAAAAUGGCGCUCGAACGACAAUCGCAUUUUGGCAGAUUUAACCGAAGAUAGCGAAACAGAUUGCUUGCUGAAGAUCGAAAAGGAAGGAGCACUAAAGACGUUAGGAUUACGUUGCGACGCGAAGUCGGACACACUGCAGUACAGUGUAACAAUCGAAGAACCGCCCAAGGUCACCAAGCGGCUUGUGUUAUCAAGGAUAGCUCAAAUCUUUGAUCCACUAGACCUGCUGGGGCCGGUAGUCAUCAAUGCCAAGCAUAUAAUGCAACAACUAUGGCAAUCAAAAUCGGAUUGGGAUGAACCCCUUGAACCGGAACUGCAAAAGGUCUGGAACCAGUAUUAUCAUUCACUGCCAAAGAUAAAUGAAGUACGAAUACCAAGGAAUGUGAAUCCGAACAACGUUGAUGGCCAAUUCGAUCUUAUGGGAUUCGGAGACGCUUCCGAAAAGGCAUUGGGAAUAGCGCCUCUCAAGAAGAUAUCGUUGCCGAGGCUCGAACUUAAUGCAGCACUGUUACUUGCAAGAUUAUGUGAAAAGGCGCAAAGGGCCUAUGGAGAGAAGAUUCGAAGCACACAUCUCUGGAGCGACUCGACAAUAGUGCUGAGCUGGAUAGCUACUUCACCGAGCGUACGGAAAACGUAUGUGGCAAAUAGGAUUACGAAGAUUCAAGACUUGACUAGGGAGGCAGUUUGGCUUCAUGUACCAUCGAAAGAUAAUCGGGCGGAUCUAAUCUCGCGAGGUAUGACAGUCACCGAUUGGGGUUGCAGUAAGUUGUGGUGGCACGGACCAGCAUGGAUAACCACCAAGAGAUGGCCUCAGCCCAAGCAAAUCGAGAUUGACAUGUCAGAAACAAGAGCAUCUGUUGUGCUUACAUCGGUAAAGAAACCAUGUGACCUCUUGAGAAGAUAUUCUUCAUACGAAAGGCUACAAAGGACAAUAGCUUAUUGUCUACGUUUUAAGGUAAACGCCUUAGGUGGCAAGCUACAUGGACCUUUGACAGUAGAGGAGCUUGGCUCAGCUGAAAGGACGAUAGCGAGAAUGACGCAACAGGAAUGUUUUGAGCCAGAGUUGCGUGCAUUGAAGAAUAAUCAAUCUGUACCGAAAGGCAGCCAGUUAGCGACACUCGGUCCAUUUGUAGAAAAGGAUGGCCUCAUUAGAGUCGGAGGACGACUAUCCCAUGCCGACCUACCAAAAGCGCAGAAACACCCAGUACUACUUCCGGCUAGACAUCAUAUCACCACCGUUCUGAUGCGGAAAGAACAUGUCCGUUUGCUUCAGUGUGGACCAGAGCAGCUAUUAUGGUCGCUGAGGCAGAGAUAUUGGCCGUUAAGCGGUAGAAGAGAAGCAAGGAAGACAACGAAUAGCUGCUUGGAAUGUUACCGGCGAAAGCCCAAAACACCAGAAGUAUUCAUGGGGGACUUACCUAGUGAGAGAGUGCGUGGAUCUUUAAGACCAUUCACAAACUCAGGAGUCGAUUAUGCAGAGUUAACGACGGAAUCAUUCCUGGCGGCCCUGAGAAGAUUCACCGCUCGAAGGGGAAUUUGCUCUCAGAUGGUGUCAGAUAACGGUACAAACUUCGUCGGAGCAGCAAGGGAAUUACGAGAGAUUUACGAGUUUCUUAAAAAAGAGCAACAAACCAUCGCAGACCACAUGGCCCGUCAGAAGAUGAAGUGGAAGUUUAUUCCGCCAAGAUCUCCACACUUCGGGGGCCUCUGGGAGGCUGCUGUCAAGGCUACUAAGAGACAUCUAACCACAGUAACAAAGGGCCUGAUUGCGACCUUCGAAAAGUACUACACCCUUUUGACGAAGAUAGAAUCGAUCCUCAAUUCCAGACCCCUUACCCCGCUGUCCUGUGAUCCAAACGAUGUGUCGGCGUUGACUCCCGCACAUUUCCUUGUGGGGGAUUCAUUGUUGUUACCGGCGGAGUAUAACUAUGUAAGUGUUCCAGAUCACAGACUCUCGCGCUGGCGUCACUUGCAAAAGGUUCGACAACACUUUUGUAAUCGGUGGCAAAAGGAGUACCUGCUGGAGUUGCAGAAGAGGCAUAAAUGGUAUACCAAGAGCGAAAACGUGAAGAUCGGUACAUUAGUAUUGAUAAAGGACCAGACACCGCCAUUGCAUUGGAUUCUCGGCCGGAUUGUGGAAGUCCAUCCUGGAGCGGAUGACGUCGUCAGAGUGGCAACUAUAAAGACACCGUCGGGGCUGAUAAAGAGAGCCGUGAAGAGUCUCUGUCCGUUACCAAUAGAAGAAAGUGACAUUAUUUAA